AUGGAUAUAAAGGAUAUUUUUUUUAUAGAUGAUAGCUCAGAGGGAUCUGAUGAUGAAAUAUCAUUUAUCUGUUCAACAUUUACUCCAAAUUCAUCAAACAAAAACAACAACAAUAAUAAUUACAAUAGCAAUGGCAGCAAUAAUACUAAUAAUAAUAGCAAUAACAAUAACAGCAACAGUAACAACAACAACAAUAGCAAAAGCAAUAAUAACAAUAAUAACAAUAAUAAUAAUAAUAAUAAUAAAAAUAAAAAUAAAAAUAAUAGUAGUAAUGAUUAUAUUGAAAAUAGAAAGAAAUUAGCAAAACAAUCAACUUAUGAACCAUAUGUUAAUUAUGACCAAAAGCAUAAUCCAUAUUCAAUAACUUCACCAAUUGUUUUGGAUGAAAUAGUUGAAGAGGUAAGACAAGAUUUGGAGAAAAGAUAUAAACCACCCAUUUCCUCAUCAUCUUUAUCGUCAUCGUCAUCAUCAGUAGCAAAUGCAUCUGUAUUAAAUCAUAAUAGCAAUUAUGAUUUACCACAAGUUCACAUAUCUCCAUCUAUGGUUGAAAUUAAAGAUAAUGAUAUAGUAUUUACAUCCUUACCAACUUCAUCAGUAUCAACACCAAAUUCAACACCAACUUCAAUCCUCACAACAAAUCCAAUGUUUCUAGCAACAACAACAACAACAACAACAACACCAACACCAAUACCAACACCAAUACCAACACCAAUACCAACACUAACAACAACAACUACUACACCAACUACUACUACACAAACUCCAAGCAUAUUUAAUAGAUCAAAUAAUAUAGCUAAAACCAAUCUUAAUAAUAUCAAUGGUAAUGAUAGUAAUAAAAAAUCAAAUUCAAAACCUUACACUACACUUGAAAAAUUACAAGAGGAAAGAAAGAGAAAUAUUGAAAUUACAUCUGGUUUAACAAAGAAAGGUACUUUGGAAUUAAAUAAAUAUAACAAUAAUAAGAAUAAAGAGACCCCAGUUGAUAUUUAUCCACUUGAAGAACUUGAAAGUAUGUAUGUGGAUAUGUAUGUGAAACCUGUAAAUAAUAAACCAAAGGGAAAGAUUGAAGAAAAAAAAAAUACAAAUCAACUAGCAUCAUCAUCAUUAUCAUCACCAUCACCAUCACCAACAUCAACUUCAACAUUGCCAUCAUCAAUAUCAACAUCAAGAUUAUCAUCAUCAGCUUCAACAGCACCACCAACUUCAACAUUGCCAUCAUCAAUAUCAGCACCAAGAUCGUCAUCAUCAUCAAAUUCAUCAACACCAUCAUCACUAUAUUCAUAUUUACCAUAUAGAUAUUCAUCAUCAUCAUCGUCAUCAUCAUCAUAUCCUUCAUCAUCCUCAUAUCCUUCAUCCUCAUCCUCAUAUUCAUCAUAUUCAUCAUUUUCAUCACCAAGAAAGAAUUUAGAAAAUAAUAGAGAAUUUGCAAGUCCAAGAAAAGAUGAUAUAUCGUUUAUAGAAAGAAAAGAACUAACAGAAAAACAGCAAAAGGAGAAUGAACGUUUGGAAGAACAGAGAAUAUCACUACUUAGAUUAGAGACAGAGAGACAGAAUCUAGCAAAACAACGUUUAGAAAAAGAAAGAAUAUUAGAAAAACAAAAAUUAAAUGAUGAGCGUUUAGAAAGAGUUGAGCGUGAUCGUAGAAAUAGAUUAGAAAAAGAAAGACUUGAAAAAGAAAAACUAGAAAAAGAAAGACUAGAAAAAGAAAGACUAGAAAAAGAAAGACUAGGAAAAGAAAAAGAAAAAGAAAAAGAAAAGGUACCAUCAUCUUCAUCAUCUUCUUCUUCUUCUUCUUCAACAACACAAAAUCAAAUAGAACAAUCAUCAGGAACUAGAACAGCUAGAAAGAGGGUUCAUGUUGCUCCAAAAGACAUUAGAAAAAUCAUAUUGGGUAAAUUAAGAUCAUGUUUAGAUGCAGAGGAUAUAAUUAUUAAAGACUUGUCAGAUGAGGUUAAAAUGAACGUUUGUGAAGAGAUUGAACGUUUUUCGUUUGGUUCUACACAAAAAAAACAAGAUUAUGUUAAAAAAUUAGCAUAUCAAUACACUCUAAUAAGGGGUGGUCUAGUUCCAACCUAUCUAAUACCGUUGCUCCCUGAAAGUUUUUUAUCAACUCUAUCACCAUCACAAUUUAUAACACCAGCUAUAGCUACAUUAAUGCAAAAUGUCUAUGAAAGUACUCAACAUAAACCUGAAACAAAUUCUUCAACAAAUCAAAUAAAUCCCUCAUCAGAGUUAUCAUCUUCAUAUUCAUCUUCUACUUCAUCAUCUUCAUCAUCAUCAUCUUCAUCUUCUUCACUAUUAUCAUCAUUAUUAUCUAUAGGAACUGAAAAUACGACAACAACAACAACAACAAAAACUACAACAAGAUCAACUUCAUCACACUUACAAAAGGAUAUACCAAUCAAAUUGGAAACUUCAAUGGAAUCAUCACAAAACUCUACAUCUACAUUUAGAGAAACUCAAGAAAUAAUUAAUAACGAUACAAUUACAGAAUUGGAAAGAGACUUAAAAGGAAUGAAAUUUGGGGAUUGCAUCGAUGCAGUUACAUCUGAGGUGAUAGUGAAGGAGCUAAUCGAAGAUUAUUCAACCUCAAUUAUCAAUAGAAAUCAAUUACCAUCUGGAAUGAAUUUAUUAAGAAAAUAUAGAAAUUUAAUAAGAUCGGAAUAUGGUCAACCAAUUGAUAAUAUAGUAAUUAUUUUACUUUCUAUGGUCACAGAUGUUAGUUUCAUUGAAUUAAAAAGUAAAUAUCUUGAUCUUUAUAAACAAGAUUGUAAAAAUGGUUUGAUUAAAAGUGAUAUUUUAAAUAUAGAUAUGCCAUAUUUUGAACCUUUAAAUGAAUAUAUUCAAAGACAAAAGAAAUCUUUAGUUGAAAUUGAUGAAACAGAUUUAUAUAAUCCAAAUACUAAUAUUAAUCAAAAUAAUAAAAGUAAUAAAAAUAAUAAUGGUGAAAAUAAAAUUCAAAAUGAUAAAAGUAAAAUUUCUAAAAAAAUAUUUAAAGCAAAUUUAAUGUUGGAAAAUGAAUUUUUAUAUAUUUUCGAGAAUUCAGGUAAAUUAGUUCAUGUAAAGAAAGAGAUUAAAAGAAAAACAAAGAUUGCAACUAGUAGUAGUACAAAAGUAUCAUCAUCGUCAUCACCAUCAUCAUCACCCUCCUCAUCACCUCCACAAUUAAAUGGCACCAAUGGUAAAAGCAGAUUUAGUUCUCAACAAAAAUUACCUUGCCUAAAUUGUAAGAGAGCAAAUAUUAAACAAUGUCUUGGUAACCCAUGUACUAGAUGUCUACUUAAACGUUCAGUGUGUAUUCAAGACAGAGCGUAUUUGGAUGCAGAAAAUGGUAGUAGUGAUAUUCUUCUUAACAAUACAAGUAAAAAGAGAAAGAGUAUUGAUGAACAUAAUAAUGGUCAUCAUAAUCAUUCUAGAAAUAAUAAUGAUAAUAACUAUAAUAAUGAUAAUGAUAAUAAUAAUAAUAAUGAUAGUUAUAAUGAUAGUGAUAAUGAUAAUAAUGAUAAUAAUUAUAAUAAUAAUAAUAAUAAUGAUAAUAAUAAUAAUAAUAAUAACAACAAUAAUAAUAAUAAUAAUAAUAAUAAUAAUAAUAAUGAUAACAAUAAUAAUAAUAAUAAUAAUAAUAAUAAUAAUAAUAAUAAUAAUAAUAAUAAUAAUAAUAAUAAUAAUAAUAAUAAUAAUAAUAAUAAUAAUAAUAAUAAUAAUAAUAAUAAUAAUGCUAAUAAUUGUCAUCAACAAAAGAAAUUAAAAGCACAAUGGAUUGAUCCAGAUAUUGCAAGAGGAGUUUAUACCUAUCCAUUAAAAGCAAUUAACGAAGUUGAUGAUAUACCACUCACCAAUUCAUUGGUUAAUUUCAAAUGGAUUGAUAAAUCAUUUUGUGAUAGAGAGACAUUGAAUGUCAAAGAGUUUCUAUCUGGUUGUGAUUGUGUGGGUGAUUGUCAUAAUAAUCCAAAUUGUCAAUGUAUUUUAGAGGGAGGUAUUUAUUAUUCUGAUCAAGGAACUUUGACUGGGAAAAAUAUUGAAGGUCCAAUCGUUGAAUGUAAUCCACGUUGUAAAUGUUCCCAUGAAUUAUGUAAGAAUCGUGCCAUUCAACAAGGCCAACAAAAUAGUUUCCCAUUGGAAUUAUUUAAAACCUCCAACAAGGGUUGGUGCGCACGUGCUUGUAUUGAAAUCCCCAAGUAUACCUUUGUUUGUGAAUAUGUGGGUGAAAUCAUCUCUCAUGAUGAGGCAGAAGAGCGUGGUUUAAGGUAUGAUACUCAAGGUCUCAGCUAUCUAUAUGAUUUAAAUGGUGAUUCAAAUUGUUUGGUGGUUGAUGCCACUCACUAUGGCAAUGCCACUAGAUUCAUAAAUCACUCCUGUAGUCCAAAUCUCAUUAGUAUUUUCUUUUACCUUGAUCAAAGGAUUGAAAUAGAUAAACCUCGAAUUGCAUUCUUUUCAUCAAGAACUAUCAAAGAAGGUGAAGAAUUAACUUUUGACUACCGUUAUAAUUUACCAUCUGGCAUUCAAAAUAAAACUAAUAUACCAGGUGGAAUUCUUUGUCAUUGUGGUUCUUCGAAAUGCAGAAAAUGGCUUUGGGUACCCGAAGUCUCAAAAAAAAGAAAAUAA